AUGUUGAGUCUACGUCUUCAAAUAUCCAAGUUCAGCAAACUGUCCAAGGAGGUGCAGUAUUCUUCACAUGUCCAAGAAAUUCUGAGGAUACAUCUUCCAUUUUUGGCAUCCAGUGGACGAGGGCUGGGCGGACCACGGUAAGGAUACUUGGACUGGAGGAGUUCGUUGAUCCACAAAUUCGAAAUCGUGUCCACAUUCACAAUACCUACACAUGGUAUCUGAGUAACAUUCAACAAUCGGAUGGAGGUUUGUACACAUGCUCGCUUUAUCAGACGCAUAUGGUCAACGGUACGGCAUCCUCAAAAUGGAAAGUGGUUGCGCGGAUAUAUCUCGAUGUACAGGGUAAGCAACAUACCAGAACCCACGCGAUCCCCUAAAUAAUUCAAAUCUUUUAUGUUCAAAAUCAUUUUAUGGCAAAACCUAUCCCGAUCAACUGUGGCCCAGUUUGUCGUGUUUGACAGUCCCACAUAUCUUGACUGAUUUCUCGCGGUUCGAAUCCUUUCAACGUUUUUAUCUGGUUUCCAGACCGUCUGCAAUUCCCACUGACUGUUUGCAAAGAUAUAUUUGAGACAUUCUCGAAGUUGGUUUCCUUCAGUUUCCUGUCUUUCUGUCAUCAUUUAUCGACCAAUUUAAGGCAACCAGACAAUUAAGCUGAAC